CACGCCAGCCAUAGCCAUAGCCAUAGCCAUCGCCAUUACCAUCGGGGACAGCCGCCCGCCACCAGGGACUGCCCACCUUGUCGUCUGCCAUGGAAUGGAAUGAUGCCCAACCUAGGCAAUUAUUCUCUUCUUCUUCAACUUCAACUAGUUUAGUUACAGAGCCUGCAAUGGGCAUUUGGGAAUGAGCGGCGCCGCCUUAAAUGGCUCCUCCACGCUUCCGCUCAGUGCAUGCGCAAUCAAAGAUUCUUCGACAACCGCUGCCAGCUGCCCAGAUUGUCAGCUGUGGUCUAUAAGGUAGUUUGUUUAUUAGGCUUUUAGGCGUCUAAGGGCUAAUAUGUAUGGAUGGUAUUGGGCAUUGGGCAUUGGGCAUUGGGCAUUGAGUUGAGUAGACUAUGGAGUGUGGGCCGGUGUGGGGUUGAGUUAUGAUGAUAGCAGACACGGAUGAUUGAUUCAGACAUGCAUGUGAGGAGAUCAUAUCUCAUCGUAGAAGUAGAAUAGGCACGCUGGGGGGAAUAAUUAGACCCAUGAGGCAUGAGCCAUCAACAUUCUCAACUCCGAUUUAAAACAGGGCCUACGGAUGGACAUAUGGCCGGUUUUUGUAACGUUUAAGAGUAUUGGGUGGUGGGCUGUAAAAAGUUGGGUGAUUGGUGGGGAGAAAAGGCUCCUCCUCUGCGGAUGAUCGUCGGACCGGCGUGAUCUCCUCCUCUGUUUGCCAGAAACAAGGAAACACAGCACAGAGCUUCUUGCUGCCAAUGUCAUUUUUGCCAUUCCAGUCGCUUUACACCAUCUUUUUGGCUGCUCUAAUUCCGUUCGGUUUCUUCUGCCUCGCAAUGCAUUAGAAUCGAGAAUUAGCCAGUACCGAAAGUGGUCAGUCCAACUGCAACUGCAACUGCAGUCUAGACUCUUUCUUGCACCACUCACCAUGCUUCAGUCGAUAAGUAAGUAAGCUGUCGAAACUAACGCUUUCGAGAGCCCCUAGUUAUUGGUUUCUCGAUUUUCACUUAGUUCUAGUAAAGAGGAUUGCCAGGGAGGAAAAAGAGAAGUCUGCGUGGGAAUUUGGUUCUGCAUAGUUCCUUCGGCGAAGCUAAUUUUUUUGUGUGGUUUGAUUCGUUUCCCGGUGAUAGCUGAAGAUGGGUUGAAUUUGGAGCCGUUUAGUUCGCUGUCCAAAGCCCAAACAUGACUUCAGUUAUGUAGAAAAGCAGAGUGCUAAGUUUGAGCAGAGGUUAGUAGAGUAUAGGCAGGUGUAGUGUGGGUAGAUUGGUGCAGCAGCAGCAGAAAAUCAGUUGAGAAGAAUGAUUACGGGGGCAGAUUUGUAUCAUGUGAUGACGGCGGUUGUGCCGCUGUAUGUGGCCAUGAUUCUGGCCUACGGGUCCGUGAAAUGGUGGAAGAUCUUCACUCCGGACCAGUGCUCAGGAAUCAACCGCUUCGUGGCUCUGUUCGCGGUGCCAUUGUUGUCUUUCCACUUCAUUUCGACCAACAACCCCUUCAAGAUGAACAUGCGUUUCAUCGCGGCGGACAGUCUGCAGAAAAUCAUAGUGCUGGUGGUGCUGGGAUUGUGGGCCAAGGUGAGCCGGCGGGGCAGCCUGGAGUGGAUGAUCACGCUCUUCUCUCUCUCCUCUCUGCCCAACACGCUUGUCAUGGGAAUUCCUCUGCUCAAAGGCAUGUACGGGGACUUCUCCGGGAGCCUCAUGGUGCAAAUCGUGGUGUUGCAGUGCAUAAUCUGGUAUACGCUCAUGCUCUUCAUGUUCGAGUACAGGGGGGCCAAAAUGCUCAUCAUGGAUCAGUUCCCCGACACCGCGGCCUCCAUUGUUUCAUUCAAGGUCGACUCCGACGUCGUCUCGCUCGAUGGUCGAGAGCCACUGCAGACGGAAGCCCAAGUCGGUGAAGACGGCAAACUCCACGUUACGGUACGCAAGUCGACAUCGUCUCGCUCUGUCAUAUCGUCGCGUCGGUCUCAGGGGCUGCCCUCUCUCCCCUCCCUCACACCCCGCCCAUCCAAUCUCACGGGCGCCGAGAUCUAUUCCCUCCACAGCUCUCGCAACCCCACUCCCAGGGGAUCCAGCUUCAACCACACCGAUUUCUAUUCCAUGUUCAAUUCCUCCACUGCUCCCAAAAACGCCAGUCCCCGUCCCUCCAAUCUAGCCACUUCCGAUGUCUAUUCGCUCCAUUCCUCCCGCGGCCCGACCCCUCGUCCUUCCAACUUCGAAGACGAAAGUUCGGCCGACUAUUAUAAUCCAUACAGCAAAACGGCGGCGGCGGCGGCGGGUGCUGCUACUACUGCGCGGUUUGGAAUGUAUCCGCCCGGCACCGGAGCCCUGCCCCCUUACGGUUCCCGAGGCGUGGGAGCGGAGGCGAACCAGAAUCAGGCCGGCUAUCCUGCACCCAAUCCAGGAAUGUUCUCCCCCAACACCACCGCCAGGGCUGCUAAGAAAACUAGUGCUGAUCCCAAGUUCUGUCAGCCGAAAAUCAAUGAAAACCAAGAGGUCCAUGUUCAUGACAAGGAUGCUCACAUGUUCGUCUGGAGCUCCAGUGCUUCUCCUGACAAUACCAACAAGCUGGAUUACCCCGCCAAGGAAGUAAAACAGACCAUUUCCCCUGCUCGUGACCAGGCCCUUUCCCACAACGGCAUACUCAAAGGUCCAGCAGAGCGGAGAGACGUAUUAUAUGAGGAGUAUGGGCGUGAAGAAGAUUUCAGUUUCGGGAAUAAGGCAGAGGAAGGCUUAUCUCGGGAGAAAGAAGAACCGAGGCUGUCCAAAUUUGGGUCAAGUUCAACUGCAGAGCUUCACCCCAAGAGCCAUGAUGCGCAGAAUACGAAGCUGAUGCCUCCUGCCAGUGUAAUGACGCGCCUUAUCCUCAUCAUGGUGUGGAGAAAACUCAUUCGCAAUCCCAACACUUAUUCCAGCCUCAUUGGCCUCACCUGGUCUCUCGUCUCCUUCAGGUGGCAUGUUGAAAUGCCGGCAAUAAUUUCAGAAUCAAUAAAGAUCUUGUCCGAUGCGGGUCUUGGGAUGGCCAUGUUCAGUCUAGGCUUGUUCAUGGCUCUGCAGCCCAAAAUCAUAGCGUGUGGGAAUUCAGUUGCAACUUUUGCCAUGGCCGUCAGGUUUCUGAGUGGACCAGCUAUAAUGGCACUAGCCUCCCUUGCAAUUGGAUUGAGAGGCGUGCUACUUCGUGUAGCCAUAGUACAGGCAGCGCUUCCCCAAGGAAUUGUUCCGUUUGUCUUUGCAAAAGAGUACGGCGUGCAUCCGGAUAUACUGAGCACAGGGGUCAUAUUUGGUAUGCUCAUUGCACUGCCGAUUACGUUGGCAUACUACAUUCUCCUUGAGCUGGUGUAGAGACAGACAGAAGACAGAGAACGCUAAAGGAACCAACCAGUAUUUACUUACAGUAGACAAAAGCUCUUUGAAAAAACCAUUGUAAUCUUUACCAUGUGGACGCCUGGGAGUGGGCCAGAGGAGCUUGUCCCAAUUGUUGGAUCCUUGGCGUGGCAGAUAAAUAUAUAUAUAUAUAUUAUACCUAGUAUUGGGUUAGUGGGUAAUGGACGUCUGUCUGUCUGUCUAUCUGUCUGUUGGGAGUGGAAGGAAAGGUGGGCGCUGGUAGUGGAGUGGGGACUAAGCGUCCCCUCUCCCUCAAACAUUCAUCAUCACCAGUACUUACUUUCUACUGCUUUUGACUAUAUAUAUUCAAUUUACUCAAAUCUUUCUUUA